AUGGUGAAUCGUGCAAAAGCUAAAGGAACUCCAAAAGCUAAAGCGAAAGCUUUGAUGACUCCUCCCGCUGUUGCUUUGCCGGUGACGCCCACCCCGGCUACGCCAACUUUGGAAUUGUGGAAUCGCGCAAAGCUCAUCGGUGUUGUCAAGAUGAUUGUGCCAGUGUUGGUGGCUGGGUUUGGAUGGCUUGUAGCAGGGUGGGCUCCAGCGCAUGUCUACAACUGCUUCAAUCUCGUACACGAUUGGCGCCAACAUGUUGGGCUUGGGCCGGCUUUAGAAAUUAUGGCUCGUCAGUGCCUCUUGGCAGAAAACAUUCCGUUGGUCGCGGCUACUUUGCAAUAUGGCCGAAGCGUGCCGGAGCUGUAUGAACAUUACGAAGAGAAUACUGUACAGCACAAGCUGAUGCGCGAGACCGCAGACCUUCCAGGUGUCCACGCCUUCUAUGCUGAGGCCGGCAUGGGGAAAUCCACAGUUGCAGCAGCGGUACUUCAAGAGCUUCAACAGCAAGCUGUUCCUGGAGCUUUUGUAACCUUCAGAACGCCUGGAAAGCUGGACGCGGAGGUGGCUACGACACUACACAGCACAGCAAACCAGCUGUCGAAUCACCUCACUGGAGCCUUGGAGAGGCUGAAGAAGAAGGAUUUCAGCAAGGCCGUCUUAGUGCUUGAUGCACUGGAUGAGCACGAUAUGACCGACUCAGAUACAGAGACCAUAAAGCUGCUCUCAGGAGUGUCUUGGGAGUUGUCCCAGAGUGGUUUUUACUUCUCUGUAAUCUGCUUGAUCCGGAAGCGGGAAACAAAGCUCCGCUUUGAGCAGAUGAAUGGCGGACACAAGAUAACAGGGGGUCUUGCAGAAAAGGCUUGUCCUCCAGUGGAUUCCUCGACUUUGCAAAGCUACGCGAGUCACUUGCAGGUGACGACGGACCACUACAAGAAAUGGACGGACAAAGCUCCAUAUUUGGUUGUGGUCAAGCGUUUUGCUGAAGGCAAAUACAACAUCUCGAAAGUCGUGGAACGUUUCCAAGAAGUCUGCAAAGGAGCCACAGAUCGCUUCUCGGUUUGCAUUGGAGCUCAUUUGGAAUUCGUGUGCGCGACCUCCACGUGCGUCGUCUGGGUGCGGGAGCUGGCCCGGAACAAGGACAGUGUUGUGAGCGCAC